UUACAUGUAGUGGCAAGUUUUUCUCCAAAAUAUUGUGUUUUUUAAGUGGUGAAAUAAUUCAGCAAAGAUUAUAAGUGAGUUUUAGCUUGUCAUUUGAGUCAAACAAGGGAUUUUAAAUUGUCACCUUAAGCGCUGAGACCUUGUGACGGGCAUUUUUAAUGUUUUUUUCUGACGUGUCAAAACACUAGGAUUAAUUGCAAAUGACUAAUGAAUCAUUAAUAAAAAUUAGGUAGUUGAAGCCAAAGUAUUUUUAUAUUGUAAUUUAACAGUGUUGUAUAGAAUUUCACGGUAAAUAAGAGAACAGACACUGUAAACAAGCAACUGUAACCCUCUAACUUGUAAACCGAUAGUGUCCUAUUCCUUGGGUCAGUGUCGCGCUCAGAUGUCAGUCUACUGUACACAAUGAUGUCAGCACUCAGCUGGAAACCAGAGCUGCAUCUCUUUAGCUCAUACAUGAGCUACACAAGACCUGCAGUCAUCCCUUCACACUGCUGACUCCUCCCCUGGAGGAUACAACUCUGGAUGCAGCCACACCUCCUCUCAAACAACCUCCCAGCAUCCCGGCAGGCUGGGCACAUAGAGUCACUUCACACUGAGACGCAGGUGUGUCCUCGCUGAACAGGGAAAGGACUGACACUGAGAAGACGAUUAAGAAACAGAGGGAAAGCAGAGGGCCCCAACAGGUCAGCUGCUGAUUGUCGGCUUCAGAGGUCAGAGGUCUAUGAUGCAUUUGGCUGAAGAGAAGAAAUCACCAAAAGAAGAAAUGAGUCUUGGGGCUGCAUGCAUUUUCCUGCGGGGAGGGAAAAACAUUCCAAGAGGACUGGCUGAUGAUGAGAUAGAUGAGCUGCGUGAAGCCUUCAACGAGUUUGAUAAAGACAAGGAUGGGCUGAUCAGCUGUAAGGACCUGGGGAACCUGAUGAGGACAAUGGGUUACAUGCCCACUGAGAUGGAGCUGAUUGAGCUGAGCCAAAACAUCAACAUGAACCUUGGUGGCAAAGUCGACUUUGAGGACUUUGUAGAACUGAUGGCCCCGAAGCUUCUGGCAGAAACAGCCGGGAUGAUCGGCAUGAAGGAGCUCAAAGACGCCUUUAAAGAGUUCGACAUGGAUGGAGAUGGAGAGAUCACGACAGAAGAGCUGCGGGCAGCCAUGACAAAGCUGAUGGGGGAGCACAUGAGUAGUAGAGAGAUCGAUGCCAUAGUGAAAGAAGCCGAUGACAACGGAGAUGGCACAGUAGACUUUGAAGAGUUCGUCAGAAUGAUGUCCCAUCAAUGAUGGCCGAGGCCAAAGUCAAUCAAGAAAGUACCUUUGCACAUCUGAAGAGAUACAUUAAUAAUGAUGCUGUGUUUUUCUGAAGCUUUUUUGACAGAUGUAAUAUUUCAGAAAAAAUGUUAUCAUGUUAAAAUUCAUAUUUAGUGCUGCACAGAAAAGUCAAGCAAUAUCAAGUCAUGCUCAGAGGGAACAUACAGCUAUGCAAAGAUUAACAACAAAGUUGACUUAUUUGUAAAUGAAAGAAUAUUGAAAAGAUUGUGAUAAACUAAUAGAGCUAUGAUGUUUGUUUGAUGACAUUGUAUAGUCAAAGUUAUGUUUUUGUUUUGGGGUUUUUUCCGAUUGUUUUCUUGAACUGACUGAUUUUUGAAAUGUAAUGGAUAAAAUCCAUCAAGUUAAAUCCUGGUAACAGGUAUUUCCAGAUAUUCAUCUUUGUGUGGCAAAGAACAAAAUAAAACACAUAAAUAUAU